CGCCAUGAUGAGCUUUCAUGAAACUUCUUCUCCAUCCUCGGUGAGGAACGCAGAUGAUGCGUCGAACACUGCCACUAUCAUAGCUGUUCUGGUGCAGGUCAUCAUAUGCAUAUGGACCAUUUCAGCAAAUGGUCUAGUCUUACUGACAGUGUUCAGGUCUCGACAACUUAGGAGCGUUAUGACGUCAUUCCUCAUCAGUUUAGCAGCCGCGGAUUUCCUUCUAGGAGUUGGGAUGAUCUUAAGUAUAACCAUUACAUUAUGGGCCACACCCUUCUGGCCUUGUCUAGUCACGUACAGUAUCCUGAUUGGACAGUGCGUCGCGAGCGUUUGGAGUCUAAUGGGCGUGGCCGUUGACCGAUAUCUUCACAUCGUUGGCAACAAAUUAAAAUGGCGUAUCACUGAAACCUUCGCUCAGGUAUCUAUUAUGAUGGUGUGGAUUGCAUCGUUCAUAACCGCGAUCGUACCUCUUCUUUUACACUUGAACUCAACAGGUCGAUUUGAAGAGGGGAAAACUUGCUUUGACUUUACAGCUCUAUUUCCUAAGCUUUACCUAGAGUUUGUCUUCUACGGGCAUGAGUGUGUGCCAGUGUUGUUCAUGGGGAUCAUUUACUUCCGUAUUAUCAUCAUCCUUCUGCAAAGAGUUCGGUGUGUCAGUUCUGUAGGUGAAUCCUCAGUUAAUGAAAACAACGUCAUCAAAUCUAGGAAGGAGCUCAGGGUCAUCAUCAAACUUGUAUUUUCACUCACAGUCUUCAAUAUGUGCACGUUCCCCAUGGUGAUUGGUAUUCUUCUUGAGAUUUACAACCCGAACUUCACCCUCCCAACGCUCACUCGACUCACCAUGGUUGCUCUCAUCUACUUAAACAGUGCCAUUAACCCACUACAUUUCUGGUUCUUCAAUGUGCCGUUUCGCAGGAGCUGCGGACGUCUUUUACGCAACGGAAGUAGGAUGCUCACGUCGUGCGCGUGUUUCCCUCGCCCUCCCACUAGGGUUUACAGCAUAAAUCCAAGUCGUCGGGGGAUUGAAACACUGCCAAGUCCUACUGCCUUACCAACUAUCAAUCUAACUACGUAUCACUGUGAUGAAAAGGGUUGUAAAAGGACACACCAUCAUGAGAAUAUACACCACCAUGAGAACAUAGUCAAUUUCCCUUCGACGUGUGACAAUGUUGAGAAUAAAGAUACAUGUUCCAUUAAAGAGUUUAAAAAAAACCCAGAAUUACCAGGAAUGGUUCGAAUUGACGUAGACAUCACAAAAUCAGAAGAAUCUACUGGAUCGUGAUAAUUUUUCCACAUACCUAUACCCUUUUCAAAUUGUUUAAACAGUUUCUUUGCCAUAAGAGUAUAAGAAGACUAAAAUCUGAAUUAUGUAUUUCGAAAUAAUUAUCCUUAAUGUAGGCUACAAGAUUAUUUAAAGCAAAAAUCACGCUAAAAAGCCUUUCUCUCAGGUUUCAAAAACACUUGACUGAAAUUGAGGAUAAGCGAAUACUAGGUCAAUGAUACACAUACGUCUGGACCGAGACCGGCGUCGAUGGCGGCUCGACUUAUCAUGGGCAGAAAUCUCUCCUCAAAGGUGUGUGUGUGGGGAAGGGGGGGGGGGGGACACAACUGAGAUUUCCAUUGUUCUUAUGCAAACACACACACACACAUACAUAUAUAUAUGUCACUUCUUCGCUUUAUUCUUAUAAGACAAAAUAGAUAUAUAAUAUUGAAAACUGCGAACGCGAAGCACGAGCUAUUU